GGCAGGCUGCUGCGAGCUCGCAAGCUCUCGGGUGGCGCCGUGCCCGAGUACCAGCCGAGCCGCGGGAAGGAGCCGGUGCCCCGCGGGAGCUCUGCUCUGUCUGAUCCCAGGCCCUUACCCCAGAGCCUACCUUACCGCAAGGGGAGCUGGGGCGAUCGGCGAGCGCGGUCAGAGGCAGAAGGGUUGGUUGGGUUACGCAGGUCCAGGCAGAGCAGCAGGAGCCCAGGGAGGAAGACACAGGCACCAAACGCUGAGGCGUUUGUCCCCUGGCUUUUAUACGUCUCAGCGAACCUGCGGGUGCAGCAGCCAUCGGCAUUGUUUCCUUUUCACAGCCUAUCAUCUCCUCCCAUUGAAACAUUCCAAUUAGCCUCGAACCAGCACAGAGAUGGAUUUGGAAGCCCUUAAGAACUCCUCAGCGUUGCACCCUAAGCCCCCUGGCCUUGCUCUGCAGUAUGGCACCGCCGGGUUCCGUGCCAGGGCCCAGCAGCUUGACCACAUCAUGUUCCGCAUGGGCCUGCUGGCAGUUCUCAGGUCCAGAGCCGUGGCGGCGACUGUUGGUGUCAUGGUUACUGCAUCUCACAAUCCUGAAGAAGACAAUGGUGUAAAGCUGGUGGAUCCUCUUGGAGAAAUGCUGCACCCUUCCUGGGAAGAGUAUGCCACACAACUGGCAAAUGCAGAGGAGGAGGAGCUCCAGAGUGUCAUAACAGAGAUCUGCCAAAAAGCAGCAGUGAACCAGCACAAAGAUGCUUCAGUUUUCAUUGGCAGAGACACCAGGCCAAGCAGCGAGCAGCUUUCCCAGGCAGUAGUAGAUGGCAUCUCUGUUCUAGGUGGCCAGUACCACGACUAUGGUCUGGUGACAACACCACAGCUGCAUUACCUGGUCUGCUGUCAGAACACCCAGGGGCAGUAUGGCAGAGCAACGCUGGAAGGCUAUUAUGAAAAGCUGUCCAGAGCUUUCACAGAGCUGAUGAAGCAGGCUCCCAGCUCUGGAGAGCAUCAGAGGCACCUGAAGGUUGACUGUGCCAAUGGAAUAGGAGCCCUGAAGCUGUCAGAGAUGGAGCCCUACUUUCCAAAGGAGGUGCUAAUUCACCUGUACAAUGAUGGAACCAAGGAGAAACUCAAUCACCUCUGUGGUGCAGACUUUGUGAAAGUCAACCAGAAAGCUCCUAGAGGGCUGGACCUGAAGCCCAACGAGAGAUGCUGCUCGUUUGAUGGUGAUGCAGACAGAAUUGUCUAUUACUACGAGGACACAAGUGGCCAUUUUCACCUGAUUGAUGGAGAUAAAAUAGCAACUUUGAUUAGUAUCUUCCUUAAAGAACUUCUUGCCAAGGUGGGACAGAGCUCUGCGCUGGCAGUGGUGCAGACGGCGUACGCCAACGGCAGCUCCACGCACUACCUGCAGGAGACACUGAAGGUCCCUGUGCACUGUGUCAAAACAGGAGUGAAACAUUUGCACCACAAGGCUCAGGAGUUCGAUGUUGGUGUUUACUUUGAGGCAAAUGGGCACGGUACAGUAUUAUUUAGUAAAGCUGCUGAAACUAAAAUCAGACAACUGGCAAAAGAGGAGAAGGAUGCUGAGAAAAGAGACGCAGCAAAGGUGCUUGGAAACAUGAUUGACCUUAUUAAUCAGACAGUCGGUGAUGCAGUCUCAGACAUGUUAGUAAUUGAAGCAAUCCUGGCUCUGAAAGGGCUGAGUGUGCAGCAGUGGGAUGCCAUCUACACCGACCUUCCAAACCGGCUGCUCAAAGUUCAGGUGGCGGACAGGCGGGCGGUGGGCACAGCGGACGCGGAGCGGCGAGCGGUCAGCCCCGCGGGGCUGCAGGAGCAGAUCGAUGCCCUGGUGAAGCGGCACAGGCUGGCUCGAGCCUUCGUCCGCCCCUCCGGCACGGAGGACGUGGUGCGGGUGUACGCCGAGGCAGACACACAGGAGGCCGCGGAUGCCCUCGCCCAUGAAGUGGCCCUGGCUGUUUACCACCUGGCUGGUGGCAAAGGAGCACCCCCCCAGCCCAUAUAAGGACUGCCCUUCAGAUGCACAAUUGGACUUCUCUUUUUCAUGUUACUCUCUGCACCACCUGCUCUGUGGCCACUCAGUAGAAAGGACUCAGCAGAACCUACUGGAAUAUUAUUCUGCUUACUCUUGACCUCUCUUAGCAACUUACCUCCUAGCGAGCUGCUCUGGCUGCUGGGUGUGCCCCCUCUGCUGAGCCUUCCCAGCUCGGGAAGCUGCAGGGACUUAGAGCUGACUCACUUCUUGACAGGUAGUGGCUCCAUCAUGCCCAGAGGGAAUUCUGCCCCCUGCCUCAGCUUAUUUCAUAGGUUACUGUCAUGUUGUGCCUGCAGUCCCAGCCCCAUGCCCUCUGCUCACACGGCUUUUGCCUCAAGCUGUGUGGUGACUGCUGGCAGUAGCUGCAGCACCCCAUGCUGCUGUGGAAACCUCCUCCUCACCUCCCCACAGCAAGAAAGCAUCUGGGUGUGGGCAGAAAGUAGGGGCUGGGCAUUCAGUUCACCUCAGAUCAAGAGGGAAACAGGUAAGGAAAAGGAGUUCUUGCAGUGUCAUCUUCAUUAGAUACUUCAGACAUUAAGGCAUUGCUUGGAAAGGGAUUUGCAGUGCCAGUAUCUGGGAAGGGACAGAGACAAGGUUGCCUCUCCGGCUCUUCCUGCUCCUAGCAGUGUGAAGAUGCAAUGUUCAACACACAAAUACCUCCCCGCUGCCUACUUCAGUUCAGAGUAGCUACCUCUGGCAAAUGUAUUUUUCACUGCACUCCUCUUUUCACUCCUGCACAAUUUUCAAAGGCUGAAAGAAAAAACAAUACUAAUUAAAACCCAACCCCCCCCCCCCCCCAAAAAGCAGCAACCUCCCAAAUAAACUGGCACCAAACUGGAAAAAAAA